GAGGAUCCUCUGAGCUUAGUGCAGACGGACGGAGCGUGAGGACGACAGGGAUGCUGAUCCCAAAGGUGCUUUAGAACAUCACAGAGGGUUGGAUAUCUUGCGUUUGCCCCCUGGAGUUUCCCUUUGUUUGUUUUACUUUCACCGUCUUACCUGGAGUUCAAAGUUUUGGAAGAGCCACAUUUAUGGAUUACUGAGAGGACAGGGGGCACGCAGCUCACGAUGGCCGUGGCUUUAGACGCAGUGUGGGUGAGGGUCAAGAAUGUCCUCAAACAGAACGGUCUCCUCAUCCUGUCCGUGUUGGCCGUGGUCAUCGGGUGUCUUCUGGGGUUCUUCCUGAGAACACGGCGUCUCUCAGAGCAGGAGGUGAAGUACUUCCAGUUUCCUGGUGAACUCCUCAUGAGGAUGCUGAAGAUGCUCAUUUUGCCACUCGUCGUGUCCAGCUUGAUGUCUGGACUGGCGGCUCUCGAUGCCAAGUGCUCCAGCCGGCUCGGCCUGAUCACCGUGUCGUAUUAUCUCUGGACCACGUUUGUGGCUGUGAUCGUGGGGAUCAUGAUGGUGUCCAUCAUCCACCCGGGCGGCGCGGCCCAGAAGGAGGACUCUGAGGACAGCGGGAAGCACAUCAUGAGUUCUGCCGACGCUCUGCUGGAUCUAAUCCGAAAUAUGUUCCCAUCAAAUCUGGUCCAGGCCACUUUUCAGCAGUACCAAACACGGAGCCAGCUCAUCGUGAAGCCGAAGCCAACGGUGAGUCAGGCCCAGUCAGAGUCCACCACGCGGCGACCGCUCAUCUACGGCAUCCAGGACGAUAACGGCAGUGAUAUCCAGAACUUUGCUCUUGACCUCACCCCUCCUCCGGACGUGCUGGUGCGCACUCGUGAAGGAACAAGUGACGGAAUGAACGUCCUCGGGAUUGUUAUCUUCUCGGCCACCAUGGGCAUCAUGUUAGGAAGAAUGGGCCCCAAUGGAAGCGCCUUGGUCAACUUCUGCCAAAGUCUCAAUGAAGCGGUUCUUAGAAUUGUGGCCAUUGUCAUAUGGUGA